AAAUCUCUUUGAAGUUUUAAACUUUUUCAACUUUGCAUCGUACCUCUCAAGCCACCCCACAUCCUCUAAGAAAUUUAUAGUAGCCCGCAUAUGAUGCGUAGAGGUAAACCCGACUGCGACGAAAAAAUUGAACAAAAAGCGUCAGAAACUGACAGACACGGUUUAGGCAACUUGGAUUUACUAAAUUUACGUCUGAAUCUCCCGCUAGACAAAUACAAGAAAAAAGUCGAAAAGGACACCGGCUGCGGCGACAACGAAGUCAUUUCAACCAAAGGCAGUUUGAGGCACUCUCUCCGAAAACUCAACCUGUCAGAACCCAACUGGCAAAGGCUGACACAGGGUUAUGAAACAUCGAAAAUCCACCGUAGAAGCGAAACGAUCCAAACGAAGUUAGAUAAUACAGUAGACGAGUUCUUGCUGCCCCCGAGGAAGAAAAACUCGAGAGAGAUCUUGACGAGCAGGUCCACGUUACCGCUGAGCAGUGCAGGGGACCCCGGAAAUUUCCCGUUUAAAGCUACGCCGAGCGGAAACUUGAAAGUCAAUUCGGGACAGGUUGUUUUCGAAUCCAGAAAACUGAGCGUUUUAGUAGCACAUCCGGAGCGAACUCAGGUCAAAAUUUACUCGGACGAAACUAGCGAGAGAAUCAUCAGAAGAAAUAUGGCGUACGGCACUGGAGAGUUUACCAGAAAUUCGGCCAUGGAUGCCAUCUUGAGCCAGGCUGGCAUCUCCGGCCUCGGCUCGAUCAUCGGAGACACUCCGGUUCGAAGCACGAAUAAGGUGUCAUCGGAGUAUGAAAGCAAACAGACGUCGGAAAUAUUGGAUCCGGAACUGAAUCUGAGCCGUCUAGGGUACACAGGAAACGAACCCAUAGACUGGAAUAAGGUCGUUCUGCCGGAUAAAAAGGAUCUGUAUCUGGAACUGUGCAGACGAAUCACUAAUAAAAAAAACGCGGACUGCAAAGUCCACAUAGGACGAGAAGAAUUCAACUGUCAUCUCAUCGUCCUCCAGUGCUACUCCGAGUUGUUCGAUGGCUACAUAGCGAUCAAGAAAGUGGAAAUCCCAGCAGAAAAAUGUAGCGCGGCGUCGUUUAGCUUCAUCUACGACUGGAUGGUGAGCGAAGAGCAGUCCUACAAGUACUUGAACCGCGAAAACGUCCUAGACAUCUUCAACUCAGCCAAGUACUUGAAAAUAAAAGACCUAGUGGAGCAGUGCUGGGCCUUCGUCGACAACGGCGAAGUCUUCAACGAAGACACGGCUUUCUUGUUGUACGUAGACGCGAAAAUGAAGAACGUGGAAGAAGUACGCGAGUUGAUGGUACCGCGAAUCCAGGACUUUUUCCUGAUUUUGGUGAGUUCGCAAGACUGGCUGGAGUUGAACGUCGACGACGUCAAGAACCUCUUGAGUUCCAACUACGUGAGGAUCAAUUGCGAAAUGGAGGUGUUUAUGUCUGCGGUUCGGUGGCUAAAGUACGACUGGACUAACAGAGACAAGUUCAAGUACGAGGUCUUGAAUUGUGUGAGGUUCGGGAAUAUAGCGCCGUGGCAACUUGUUGAUAUCAAGCGGAAUCCGGAAAAUCCGGAGUUCAUGGAGUUGGCGAAAGACUCGGCGAUUUGUAAACUAAUCGACGAUGGACUUGCGUUUGUUAUAAUCAAGUACUGGUACGGUCAAGAAAACGAUGAUUUUCAACACUGGAAUUCGGUGUUGGGGCUCCAGGAACCACCCCCGAGAAACUGGAGCGGCUUGGAUAAAACUUAUUUCACGUAUCGGGAGUUUUUGAUCUACUUGGACCAGUACAGACGGAACCAGUUGAUAGAGAAGAGCAAACCGAGAGCGAUUCACGAUAAAAAAAUGGGAGCCGGGUCUGGGACUGUCAUGUCGCCUGAAGAACCAGUCCACAGCAUGGAAGACUUCCUUUCUAAGAAGAAAGUGUUUAUCAAACAAACCCCAACAAUCUUCCUCAAAAAAACCCAACCCAUAGUUGUUCACAGGGAGGCUGUGGUUCUCCCUAAAACGGUAAGUGUUUCGGGGCACCUCUUCCAGCACGACCUCGUGGGAGACCAAUCAGACGAAGAAAGCCGCAACUUGAAACGCAUGUUCACACCUUCCCAAAACUCAAUCGCUUUAUCCUCCCUAAACCGCCUAAGCACGUCUUUCCUGAGUCCCCAACCCAAGAAACUCCUCGUGGAAUCUACGCUGUUCCUUCCGGAGCGCGAGACUAUUCUGGUGUUCGGGGGCGCCGACCCCUACUCUCCCUACGGCGACCCUACUAACUCCGGGGACCACAUCUUCCGGUACUUGCCGGACUCCAACGUGUGGGAGCACGUGGGUACUAUGCCCGAGCCGAGGACACACCAUGGGGUGGCGUUCCUCAAAGGGCGGAUUUACUUGGUAGGUGGUACCGACCCUAGAGACGACGAUUUGAGAGGGAAAUCCCGGGUGGUGGACACAGUGUGGAGUUUCGACCCAGCGCACCGCUGCUGGUUCAGCGAGACGAGUCUAGGGAUGAGAAGACGCAACUUCGGUUUGGUGGUCAUCCACCAAAACAUGUAUGUGAUCGGGGGGUGCAACGACCAGCUGCUGUCUCUAGCCACAGUGGAAAGAUUCGACGCCAAACACGGCGUCUGGAGAUUCGUAGCCCCCAUGAAUUUCGCCAGAGCAGGAGUGGCUUGCGCCAAAUACAGGAAUUAUAUCUGGGCGGCAGGUGGUACCGCGGAUUUAAAAAGAAAUCUCAUUAUGGACGUGGUGGAGAGUUAUGACGUGCGAGCAAACCAAUGGACGAAAAUACGCAAGUUGAAUACCCCAAGGUGUCUAAGUUGUAUGUUCGUCGUGUCGGAUAAUUUAUACCUGAUUGGCGGUACUGGGCCGAAAUUUCGGGACUUGAAGUCCACCGGGAGUCUCGGAGACAUGGAUAUAUGGGACACGGCGACUAUGUCGUGGACCACUAUCGUAGGUCUAACGAUUCCGCGGCAUGGGCACGCCGUAGCCUACGUCGGUACCCAGAUUUUCAUCAUGGGUGGCGUCACAACUGUCUACAUGCGUUGUCUAUCAAACAUCGAGUGCUUCUGUUGGAAACGAAACGCUUGGGUCCGAGGCAUUUCAGAAUUACCAAUUACUUUGUCUGGUCAUGCAGCAAUUACACUCCCGCCCGCAAUGCUCAUAUCGAACGAAUAAAAUAAAUAAAACGCAAGCACUCUGUAUAUAUACACUCAAACUAGAAACGCGCCACAAAGCAGACACCUGCACCACGGCGCGCCAGC